UCGUCUUUUGUGACAAGUUUUAGUGUUCAAAACACGGUUCGCUGCUUACGAUUUGUCACGUCUCUCACUAUUUUUAGACUAAAAAGUUGGACUUUACUCUGAAAUUACUAACAUUUCAGUUUGUACUGUCAGACAAACAAACAGCGCCUAGCGACAUUUUCUCCGUGGUUAAGAAAAGAUAAAGUCAAUAUGAGUAAACUAUGCAGACAGGUGUCCAUAGAGUCCCCCGGGCCGACGCUCAAAGAAUGCGUGUUCAGUUUUGACGUCCCUGUCCCAGAGGUUCCUAUGUACGGUGCCAGAAUCCGUGUAGUAUACGCCGGAGCUUGUUACCGCGCAAACAGAACAAGAUCUGCCUCCGUUUGCAGCACUUCCUCAGUGUCUUCAAUCGGAAGCCUUUCCGGAGAGAUGGAAAGCUUCGGCAUUCAUACUUCAACACCUGCACAUAUCGGUCUUCGGGAUGGCGCACUGUUCCCUGGCUAUGAAGUUGCCGGCGUCGUAGACGCUAUCGGCAAGGCAGCUGAAUGCGUUGAAGGCAUCACCGAGGGCACCAGAAUAGUACUCUAUCCUUACGAAGGAGUUCCACACGGGUAUGCGGAGUACAUCGUUGUGCCGGAUUUCAAAUGCCUGGUACCUGUGCCGGACCAAUUGCAUCUGAGUGUGGCGGCGAUGUUGCCAACUGGCGCAUUGUUGGCCAUGAACACAGUGUACACGGCUGCGGAAUGCUUAAAGCGGGUGCUUGAUGGUCCCAAUCACAAAGAUAAGGCGACUAUACUAAUCGUAGGCACUGGGGGUCUUGCAUUAUGGGCGCUGCGCAUCGCAACACACUACUUUAGGCGUGGGUCGUACCAUGAACGCAUUCGGAUCUCCGUCGCUACGCUCAAGGAUGAAGGAUUUAUUCUUGCUAGAGAAAGUGAAAAGAUUAACGUUGUGCAGUGGAACGAGGACUUGUACGAGAAGCAGUUGAUCGAGCGCACGACAGACGCAUGCGGCGGGCCAGUUGACGUCGUCAUGAACUUCGGUACCACUUCGCGCUCCUUGCAUCGCUCGCUGCAGUGCCUAGCUCGUGGCGGAGUGGUGCUGGUGACAGAGGAUGUCGGCGAGAAACUGCUACCAAAGUUUGCCAAGAAGGUGGAGGAGAUGGGCGUGAACAUCGCGAUUGUGCCCAACGGCUCCAUCGAGCAGCUCAAGGAACUCGUCAACUUAGUCGCGAGUGGCGAGAUCGAGCCGCCCCCGCACUCGGUGUUCCCCGCCGAGGAGGCCCAGGAAGUGGUGAGGAAGCUCUGCAACUCCGAGAUCCAUGGUCGAGCUAUCUUAAAGUUCCAUGACAUCGAUUAGUGUCAUUGUACUACAUGUGUACGUGCAAGGAUAAAUGAGCUGUGAUUACUAUCCGGCUCGGUAAACGACCAAUCAUCGUCAAUCCACACUAGUUCACCUACAGGUCAUAGACCUCAAGCUUCGUUUCCAAAUUUCAAAGUUGAAAUAUCUUUUAUCUUCAUUUUAGAAGAAUCAAUCGUAUAUCGAUCUGAGUACAUGUGAGAUGGCAGAGGACAAAGAUAUAUUAUCCAUUUUUCGGGCGGGAUUUUGGGUAAACAUAGAAUGGUUUUAAACGGUAACUUUUAUUAGUUGUUGUAACAAGAAACAGUAGCAUGUUUUUACGUAACUUAUGUUUAAUCUGAAUGAAUUUUAAACCACGCACUGAACAAAUAGAGAUCGUGUUAUAAACGUACUACACAUACGUACCUGUAGACGAGAAUUUCUUGAAAUGACGUCGAAGUAGUGCAUUACUUGAUGACAAGUUUUGUUAAUAUCUCACGCCGAUUUUGUUUUGGUACAUAUCGACUUCUCUCGAUUGCUACACCUUUUCAAUGAAUCUAAUUAUUUUAUCUGACCAACAAAACCAUAGAUGUUAAAAAAAAUAUUUGAAAAACCUGAUUUUCAGCAAUUGGCAAAAACGUGCUUGAUCCCUACACUUUCGAUGUGUAUUCUAUUAACCGAGUUUCAUCCGAAUUCGUUUAGCGGUUUCGGCGUAAGUGAUGAGAUUAUAUUGAUGCUGGAGAUCAUAUUCCUUCGGCCAGUUCGGAGGAUACAAACUGAGGCGACGAACUUGCCCUGUGAAUAUUGUGUCGGCUAACUUUGUAAUGUUAUUAGACGAGCGAUUGCUAAGAACAAAGGAAAAUCACCUAAGUUGGGUUAGUUUGAAAGGUGAAUUUACAUCAGUGAACGGGGAUUCUGAAAAUGUUGUUUUUAUAUCGAUAAUGGAAAUUUGAAAUGUGUCGUAAGGAAAAAUGUCCAAAAUGUCCCUUAGAACAUUACAAAUUUCCACCGUCUACAGACGGACGGAGGGAAAUUUGAAGUGUUUCAAAUUUCCACUGUCGAUAUAUGAAAAUGAUCGAUAUAUGAAAAUGACCGCUAUCGCGUAGUGCCCGUCUUGUUACUUUCGACAAAUAAGUAGUGACUAAUAAUAAUGUAUUCACAAUUAAACACGUCACUCGAUCACGCUCUCAUGACGUCUUAGACGGUGAUUAUCAUCACACAUCGCAGGAAAUAACACCGCGGUCACAAUAACACAUCGUGAAUUUAUAUUAAAACUACGUGUACAAAAUUGUGUUGAUAUAAACAUCUAUAUAUAAUUAUGUGUUAUAUAAUGCAUCAGCUUGUCGGUUCAUGACUUGUGUUUACUGAUUACGUGCGAACAUUUGUAAGGGAAAAUGUAAAACGUAUAUAAAUACAUCAUGUAUAGAGUGUCCCUGUUUACAUAUUGAUUCUGGAAUGGAUGAACCAUUCGACGACGAGGCGAGUGUAAAAAGUUGUACAUAAUUAAUUUACGCACAAUAAAUUCUCAAUUUUUAUCAGUCUUUAGGCGUCCUGUAUAUGCAUAUCUUGGUGACUGGUGAUAACAAAAGUAUAUCAAUACUAAACAUUAGUAAAACAUAAGACCAACAUGUCUACUUUAAACGAAAAUAGAAUACUAAUAAUACUAUUUGCAAUACAUAACAUUUUUGUUAAGGUGACUUCCCACAACUGCGCAUAAAGGGAAACGAUUCGAACGUGGUAACGUAGACGCGUCUGUUGCGGUGCAUGGCGUAUGGCAAAUUGAAAAAUGGGCCAUGCCGUGGCGCAGUGAAGGAUUAGGCUGCCUUUGCAUCAGAGAUGUGUGACGUAGCCAGGCUGUAUGCGAGGAAAAUAUCCACAAAUAGGGUUACUUCAUUUUGUGCUUGUGCAAAACGGUGUAGGAAUCUAGAGUUACCUACUGAAAGUAUGACACUAACUGACUGAGACAUCGCCACCGCUCACUCCACCACACCGUGCCCCGUAUAGUUGAAAAAAGUCCGUAACGCGUCCUCGUACCGCGCCACUGCACAUCCUCUCACCGCCUCGCUACCUCGCACAUCUCUGGUGGAAAGGCAGCCUUAUUCUGUAAUCUAUAAAAUCCGGUGUGUCACUGUCGGCUGUGCGAUGUCGCCUUUACAUUUAGAGUUAUGUAGCGAAUGUCAUUGAUCUAUAAACAUUUUUAUCACGCACUUUUAGAGUGGGUUCUUAAUUACCGCGUGGACGUAACUUAUACAUGUGUAAUUAUUUAUGUAUUAAUAAUUAACAUAGUUUCACGCCCAACGACAAUACGUAACUGUGGUAUAACUACGGACUAAAAAUAGCUUUUUAAUCCCUUUUUUAGUACAACUUAUUCAGUUUUUGUUAAAAUAGGAUUUGUGAGAAAAAUGUAAACUCAUAAUUUCAGGAUCAUGACUCUUUUAUUACUACAGUUGUUUCUGACUUUGCAGUCGACUUUAUUCUGUUAGCUGCCGAUUUUGUUGCUCGUUCGUGUAGAAUCCAUUCGCCGUCCAUCUGCAUGGUGUCAUGGUGGCUUCAUUGCGCAGAUCUGCGGCUCAAAUUGAAUAUGUUAUAGUUAUCUGCGACUUACACGCCGAAGCAUUGCGAACGGAGUUACCCUGAUAAACUGUAGUGAAUACGCUACCCGCAGACUACGCUUGUUUCUUACUUCAUGCGAGUUUUAUUGACUCGAACGACUGAUUCUUGUUAUUAAUGUUGGCAAAUUUGUUUAAAGUCAAACGACAAAACCGAACUAGUAUCCUAUUGGAUUCUAACGUCGAUUUUGAUAAGUUACGCCAAAACGAAUAGAAAUGGAAUCUUCUCCACUUUAAGAACAAUAGCUUUUAUAGAACAUUGAUUACCUAUUAAUCCUUUGACAGCUGAAUCAUUGUCUUAAUACUUUCGUCACUCAGAAAUGAUAGAAUUGAGAAAACACAAUUCGAAAGUUCAAAAAAUUACUGAAUGGAACCAAUAAAUUUAUAUUCUCGUUUAUAAAUAAAUAAUAAUAUUAUAUAUAAACAAAAUACACAAUGAACAGUGUCAGUGUUUUUUUUAUUUCAAAUCGAAUUUUCUCAAUUCUACAAUUUAGUAUUACGAUAGUGUUUGGAUUCGCGUUAUUAUAUCGUACGUCUUUCACUUCAUAUGUUCACAUCAGACCUUUCGUAUACGCUCGUUUUCAGGGUCCUUUUGUCCUGGCCAUACGAACAACCAUCUUAGUUUCACAUGAUUUUAACAUUUUCGAAUAUUUUGUCUUGUUUAUAUUGGUAUAAGAUUGUAUAUUGUAGUUGCAAAUACAACAUAAUGCUUGCGCAGAAAACGUCUUCUACUUCUGUUGCAAACUGUCUUAAGGGAGUCACCAUGCUUGUCGAUGCGGAAUCGCAUUCGGCUGGUUAAUAAAAGUUUCAUGCAAUAUAAGCGGAAAAGGUAUGCGUUUUCCUUUGGUAGGACAACGCGACUAGAUACAGGCCAUCAAGGAAUCUGCACCCGAAGAUGUCAAGAGCACCAAGAAAUUAUAACAGUGUACUCGUUAGUAGGUGCAAUAGGUCCGGCACAACAUAUUAAACACGUUCGAAACUCCCGGCCGAUCGGUACAAUACGACAUGCGUGGUAAAAUAAGAUCGGCGA